AUGCAUCUUUCGAACGCUCUCGCUCUUUCUCUCCUUGCCGUAUCUGCUUCGGCAGCACCUCCACAUAUCGAAGCCCGCAAGGGUGCUGCUCCAGUCGGCGGUCCCGCCACGGCAAAAGUGACCAUCUACAGCAGCUACACUUGUCCUGCCCCAGGCACUGCCCCAUCAACAGACGGCAGCGCAGGAACAGCAACCUCCUUCACAAUCGCUGAGGGCACAUGCGCAAUCCCCACCGCUGGUCUGAUAUUCGGAGGAGCAGUCGCUGGAGGAGCAAUCACAGCGACACUCUCAACUAUACCAAAAACUGGUACUGUUGGAUGUGAGUGUCUGUCUUGGAUGCUUGCAAAAGCAUUGCUGAUUGGAUAUAGGCNNUAUAUUCUUGGACACAGUCAACAGGGCUGCGGUAUCACGCUUACCAAUGAUCUUUAUGGUUGGCCGUUCAAUGGCAUUGCAGUUGGCAACAGCGUUGGCUGUGGAAAUGCACCAGCUGGUACUGCUUGGGGUGCUUUCGAGAUUCUUUGUGUUUGA